UAGCUCGUCGCAUUCUGUUCGUGACGCGCAGCAUUCUAUCAUUUACCUUCGUGACGCGACAUAGUAGUAGUAUAUAUCAACGAUGAUUAUUAUUUUAUCAUUGUUGUUUUCGGGAAAUUCGUGUGGGAGAGAACUCAUUUCGACGUCUGGUUCGGUGAAGUAGCAUCCCCAGUCCUCGUUAGUAACAUCGAUCUUCGAGUCGAUAUCCUUUCGGAAUUUGGCGUCGAUCGUGUCCCAGUUUCUUAUCGAGUUCCAGCGAAGACUGUUUCCAAUUCUCGCACGCCUCUCAUACGUGACCGCUAUGUACGAAACGAAGGACGGAAAGCAGCAAGGUUUCGAUAAUGUCGCUUUUCAAAUAGACGAGCCUCGUAUCGUCGAAAAUGGCAGGAGAACAUAUUAUCCCGGAGACUCGACAAACACUCUGGAUGCGCAAGUUAUCGAACCGGAAAAGAAUCGCGCGACAUGGAACAACAGCGUGGAAUUUCUCAUGUCGUGCAUCGCCGUGUCGGUCGGUUUCGGCAAUAUCUGGCGAUUCCCGUUCACGGCUUACGAGAACGGCGGUGGCGCCUUUCUCAUACCUUACGUGAUUUUGCUUUUUCUGGUGGGAAAGCCAUUCUACUUCCUAGAGAUGAUCAUCGGACAGUUUUCCGGCAAUUCGUCCGUCAAAGUCUGGAGCAUGUCGCCAGGUUUCAUUGGAAUCGGAUGGGCCCAGUUUUGCUCGACUGUCGCGUUAGCGACCUACUACAGCUCACUGAUGGCAUUGACAUUUUAUUAUCUGAUUGCUUCUUUUUCCGCCGAAUUACCUUGGGCUACUUGUCUAAAGGAAUGGGGUGACACAUGUGUCGAUUCAAGUACAAAAAGAAAUCAUAGUGCAGAGGAGGGAAACGUCCAUAUCUUCAAUAAUCUGUUAAACAACAGCAGCAAUAAGCUUCAAAGCUCGGCCGAAUUAUAUUUUUCACGAGUAGUCUUGCACGAAAAAGAGAGCAUCGACGACGGUAUCGGAUGGCCAUCUUGGAAGUUGACGCUCUGCCUUCUUGUCAGUUGGACAGCGGUUUGCAUAGUACUCUUUCAAGGUGUAAAAAGCUCUGGGAGAUUUUCCUACUUCCUGGCCAUUUUCCCAUACAUCGUGCUAAUCUCACUGCUGAUUCGCGCGGUUACUCUGGACGGCGCGAUGAGCGGGAUCCUCUUCUUCGUUACCCCGAAAUGGUCAAAGCUUUUGGAACCGAACGUCUGGUACGCCGCGGUAACGCAAUGCUUCUUCUCGCUUUCCGUAUGCUUCGGCAGCAUCAUUACAUACUCUUCGCACAACGGUUUCAAACACAACAUCUAUAGAGACGUGAUAAUAAUUACCUCCCUGGAUACAAUUACGAGUUUUUUGGCUGGCUGCACAAUAUUCGGGAUUCUCGGCAAUUUGGCGUACGAGUUAGGGAUAGAAGAUAUAUCCAAAGUAGUCAAAGGUGGAGCUGGUCUAGCAUUUAUAUCUUAUCCGGAUGCGAUAGCAAAAUUUAAUCUUCUGCCACAGUUUUUUGCCGUACUGUUUUUCGUAAUGAUGUUUGUCCUUGGUGUCGGUAGUGCUGUGGGAAUGGCUACGGGAAUCAUCACAGUAAUAAACGAACAAUUUCCAAAGCUGAAAACUUGGCAAAUUGUUGUUCCGACUUGUUUCCUAGGAUUCUUAAUUGGCACAGUUUAUGUGACACCAGGCGGUCAGUUCAUUCUAACUUUAGUAGACUAUUACGGUACUUCAUUCGUCGUUUUUAUUUUGGCAUCAUUCGAAAUGACCGGAGUGAUAUGGAUAUAUGGAUUUGAAAACUUUUUGGAGGAUUUGGAAUUUAUGCUGGACCGACAACCGAGUGUCUACUGGAGAAUAUGUUGGCUUAUAAUUACACCAUUGAUAUUAAUAACAAUCUUUAUUUACACAGUAGUCACUUUGUCACCUUUAACCUAUGGUGGAAUAUCAUUGCCUGAAUCUGCACACGCUGCCGGAUGGACGAUACUUUGUAUAGGUAUUCUUCAGAUACCGCUAUGGAUGCUGAUCGCGAUAUUAAAGAAUCGAAAAUUGCCGCUCGCGCAGAUGCUGAAGAAAGCUUUCGUACCUGCAAACGGAUGGGGUCCACGAGAGGUGCAGCAGUGUAAGAAUUGGAAAAUCUUCAAAGAGGAGAGAGCGAGAAUUCGAGAGAAGCGAAUUCAGCCAAUUUGGAAACAAAUAUUCUACGUUCUCUUCAAUAUGGAACCAAAGUAAAAAAAAAAUGCACAA